UAAUCAAAUGCAGGAUACACAUAUUAUGUCGGGUAGUCGUGGAAGGCAACCUCGAUCACAUCACUCUGCUGCUCGUGGUCAUGACAGUACUAGUAGUCGACGGCAUGACUCUGCUCGUGGUGGUGGUGACAGUACUGGUGGUCGACUACACGACUCUGCCCAUGGCCACGACAGUACUGGUAGUCGACCUCAGGACUCCAGUCCUAAUGACCGACAGCGACAGGGAUGUACACGGCUUACAUCGUUGAGUGUUCAUGAUGCUGAGAACUUAGGUCGUGGAUACGCUGGGAGUACUAGUGAUGUUGGUAUAUCUGAUCAAAUGGACAAUACGCAGAGGAUAAUUAAACGUCGUCGCGUACAUGAGGCCCACAAUUCUGGCAUCGACCCUGACAAUGAUUCUGAAGAAGAAGAUGAUGAUGAUACGCAACGCGACUCAAAUGUCACAGAUACACCUCAUAGAUAUGGCGAUACUAGGCCGUAUCUUGAGAAGUUCGGAAAAAAGUUUGCAUCCUAUCAGGUACAUCAUCAGAUCAGACUUAUAUUUGAUCAAUUUUUGGAUGGAGCAUGGCCCACAUUUACUAAGCUUCCGCCUACAGUAUUUCAGCAAAUGUUUCGUGCUUUUGGGAAAUACUAUCGGUGGGAUUCGGUAAAUGAUGGAAUGAUCGAGAGUGGAUUUAGAAGUGUGGUGCAAGAUCGUUAUUCAGACAUAAUGAGUGAAUAUCGACAUGAAUUUGCAAAUAGAGCUCGAGCGGCCGGUCACAACAUCCCGAACACAAAUAAUGACUUUGCAAUCAUGCGUGAUUUUGAGCCUAUUAGUUUCAAUGAGGACGUAUGGAAGGAUUUGUGUAAAUAUUGGGACACAGAUGCUUGGAGAAAGAAGUCGGUGGCCGGGAGAGCCAACCGUAUGAGCGGUGACGACAUCGGUACAGUUUCGAGACAUACAGGGGGAUCCAGGGGUUAUGAUCAGUAUCGACUGGAAUUGAGGCCAAGAAAAAAUUCAAGGCUAAAGAUUAUGAUACAAUUCAAGAGUUGGAGUUUUGUACACCUACUGCUAGAGCAAUAUGUGAGAGAUACACUAGUGCCAUGGUUGAAAAGAAGUUCAGAUCUACAUUUCGUUGUCACGGGGACAUCAUCCAACGGGAACAAACCGACCUCUUCUGAGUACCAGCAGUCACAACAGCGGGUCCAGGAAUUGGAAGAAGCUCAUGCCGAAUUGGUCCGACAAAAUGGUGAAAUGGCCAAAAGACAAGCACAAAUGGAAAAACAAAUGGCGGAAAUGGUCGAGUUCAUGAGACGAUAUGACACUAAUAAUCGUCCCGACAAUCCAUCCAAUCCAUCGAAUGCUCCUUAGGUUAUUUGUUGUAAACGUUUGUACGGUUUUAAGACUUCUAUAUUAUCUUUUUGGUUUACACGAUUGUUGAAACUUAUGUUCUAAAGUGUAAACAUUUGUAUGACUUUUAGAUAUAUGGAAUGAACCACGUUUUUUUGU